AUGAACGAAAAUAAUACUGAAGCUUUUGAUAAAAUGUUGGCUUCCAUUGCUGCUCAAAGCGGUGGAAUUCAAGAAUUUAUGGAUACAGUAUUUAAUUUUCUUGCUACAAAAACAGACUUUUACACAAAUGAUGAAGGACGUGCUGAGCAACUAGUUUUAACAAGUUUCAAAAAAUACAAGAAAAUAGCAGCUGAAGAAAAAUUAAAAAAGCAACAAGAGAGGGAAAGACUCGAGAGACAAAGGAAAGAAAAACAAAAAAAUGAAGCCAUGCAAAACAGUAGUAAUAAAAUUACAGAAUUAACAGAUGAAGAAGCUAAAGAAUUAGAAAAAGAAAUUGAAAUGAAAAAGUUGAGGGAAAAGACUAAUAAUGAUAAUAAAGUGGAUGGUACUGGAGAUGCCAAAGAAGCCGAGGAUGAUGAAGAGGAUGAUCCCAAAGAAAAAAACAAAAUCGUUCCAAAUGCAGGAAACGGUUGUGAUUUACCUAAUUACAGAUGGGUUCAGACACUUGCAGAAAUCGAGCUUCGCGUUCCCCUCAAAGUGAACUUCAACGUCAGAUCUCGCGACCUCGACAUUCAAAUUCAGAAAAAAUACUUGAAAGUAGGUCUCAGGGGUCACACGCCGAUAAUCGAUGGAGAACUUUACAACGAAGUUAAAAUGGAGGAAAGCACGUGGGUUUUGGAAGAUUCUAGAAAUCUCGUCAUCAAUUUGGAAAAGGUGAAUAAAAUGGAAUGGUGGGGACGUUUGGUGGUGACCGAUCCAGAAAUAUCGACGAGAAAAAUAAAACCGGAACCGUCGAAAUUAUCGGAUUUGGAAGACGACAUGAGAGGCGUCGUCGAGAAAAUGAUGUAUGAUCAAAGGCAACGAGAACUAGGGUUGCCAACAUCGGACGAAGCUAAAAAACAAGAAGUUAUAAAAAAGUUUAUGGAACAUCAUCCGGAAAUGGAUUUUUCCAAAUGUAAAUUUAAUUAG